AUGUCGUCAACCACCAUAGCCAAAAAGAACAAGGGGAAGAAGGUGGCUGAUCCCAAUGAGACCUCCAAACUGCUUGCGGCGAAGAUCUCCCAGCUUGAGCAGGAUGCUGCGGGUGAGAAGGAUCAGGAACAAGAAAUUGAGCGUGAAGUGAAAAAGGCGACCCGCGAUCUGAAUCAGCUUCUCAAUAAUAUUGAGUCCCCGAUGACCCGUCUAGAGACUGUCCACAAAAAGUACACCGAGCUGUUGGCGGACAUGAAGAAGUUGGACCGGGACUACUCGAAGUCGAAGAAGCGUGCGGAUCAGCUGCAGAAAGACCAGGAAAAGGGAAAGUCGGAGUUGAACAAAACUGUGACCAUGAAGGACAAGUUGGAAAAGCUCUGCCGUGAAUUGACGAAAGAGAACAAAAAAGUGAAGGACGAGAACAAGAAGCUUGAGGAUACCGAGAAAAAGGCUCGACUCAUCGUGAACGAACGACUGGACUCUCUCUUCUACGACAUUCAGGACGUGAUGUCUGCGAAGGGCAACCCUCGCAAUGAAAAGGUGGACGUUGAUCUUGAUGAUGCUCUACGGGCCAAGUUGAAGACUGUCAUUGAACAGUUCGACGUUCGUGAGCUUCAUUACAAGGCUCUUCUUCGGGGCAAAGAUGCAGAAAUUCAGUCUCUCCUCUGCAAGUAUGAGGAGCAACGCCGGACCGCUGAUAAUGAGAUUGCUCGGGGCCGGGCUCUCAGUGCUCAGGUCUCCACUUUCUCCCAUACCGAAGCGGAGUUGCGAAGCCAACUGAACAUCUAUGUGGAGAAGUUCAAGCAGGUGGAGGAUACGCUGAACAACAGCAACGAGCUCUUUCUUACUUUCCGCAAAGAGAUGGAGGAAAUGUCGAAGAAGACCAAGCGACUCGAGAAGGAGAAUCACACCCUCAACCGAAAGCACGAGCAGACCAACCGCAACAUCCUCGAGAUGGCUGAGGAGCGCACUCGCAAUCAGGAGGAGCUUGAACGGUGGCGACGCAAAUGCCAGCACCUGGAGGCCUUGUGCCGGCGCAUGCAGGCCCAAGGUCGUGGAGAAGGCCUUGCCGAAGGCGAUGAUCAUUUAGAUCAAGACGAUGAAGGUACUGAGAGCGAGUAUGAUGAAGACUACGAGGAUGAGGACGAUCUGAGCGAGGAUGGAGAUCUCGAUGGGCCUGAUCGUGCCCGAGAGGUUUCCCAGGUCAACGGUCCUGCCUCCCGCCCUGUCUUUGGCCCUCCUCCUCCGCCUAACCUCAUGGAGGCUCGAGCCCCCAAGGGCUCCGUCCUGAAUGGAUGCCACUAA